AUGGCCGUGGCCACGAAAGAAAAGCGUGUUGACUUUCUUUCCGAUGAAUUUGAUCCCCUAACUGCCCUGUAUUCAGAAAAUGUUCCGCUUCCAUGCCCAGACGUUAAGCCAUUCAAUAAUCUUGCAGAAUAUGAGAAUGUCAUGCAAAGACGAAAUGCCGCCGUGAGGCAAGAGGCCAACAAAUGUCAAAUUAUGGUCCAAAGUGGAAGUGAUUCCACGGGCAUUAGGUCUAAAGAUUUUGCCACCGCAGACCCAUUGAUGAGGACCAAUGCUGAACGAGAGAUGCUGUUCAGACAGAUGAUGCAAAGGGCUGCGAAGAUCAAGCGGGAUCGCAUGGAGUUUGAUCCUCUGAUUCCAGAUUUAUCAGAAGAUGCACUAAUACAUGGCGCUGGAAAAACUUCACCACCGCUUCCUGAUAUGAUGUUGAAAGGAAAGCAGAAGUCGAUGAGUCAGAGAAAUGUCUUAAGUCGUAUGAAAGAAUAUGGAAAUCAAAGAAAGAAGGGUCCUUUGAGUUUAUUAUAUCGAGCUGUUGAAGAAAGAAUCCGAGUCAAGGUGUGGACAAGAAGCGCCAAGCAGCUAAGAGGUUACUGUAAAGGCUACAUUGUCGCAUUUGACAGGCAUUGGAAUUUGGCAAUGGUAGAUGUUGAUGAGGUCUUUUCCAAACCCUGCCUGCCAAGGACACCCUACCCAUCUUGUAAGGCACUCGAGGUGGAAACGGGAGAAGUUGUCAUUAUGCUGAAUGAAGAUGAACCAGAGGAAGAGACAAAUGGGAACUCAAUGGAUGCGUCGCAGUCGAAUAGUCCUGAUGAGGACAUUGAUGCUUUAGCAUUGAGGCUACAUAUGCUGAAGCAGGAGUUGUCCGAGAUUCCCUCUGAGGAAGAAAGUGCUGAAAGUGGGCCAGGUUUGUCCCAGAGUGAGCCGGAAAAUGAUGAGACUGAUGGAUAUGUCGAGAAAGAUAAUAGAUUCGAUGAGAAGAAACUGUUGACUCAAUCUAACAUUUCUGAAAUGACUGUUUCUCAGGGUGAAAAGCACCCUGCAGAUAUUCAUACAAAAACUGACAAAGACAAAAGUGGUGAGACGAGGUUUGGUUUACCUGAGUCAGAGUCUCAUCAAAAAGAAAAAGUUAGUUCAAAUGAUACCAGGCCUAUUGAUUUCAGGGGUGGUGGUGAUGCUCAAACGAAAAUGUGUUCUGGGGCAGUUGGUCCUCUUGGUGGUGCAGGGGAUGUGGGACGUUUAGGAGAGGUUAUGGGGAAGCUUCAGGUUGAUGAAAGUAGCAGUUCGGGUAAAGGAGAUGUGAUUUUUGAAGAGUGUGAUAUGGAAGUUGGCGGGUAUGAGGAAAUAGGGGCAGAGACUGUAGGUGAGGUGUGUGCUGUUGACAGAGGCGUGGUCCAGUCGGAGUUGGAGAAAGGGUCUAGUUUUGAGUCAAAGAAGUUGGAAAAGAAGUCUAAGUCGAGAAAGAAGCAUUCUAAGUCUGGAUUAGAAAAAGAACAGAUUCUUUCAGUGGAAUUGAAGGAUGGGUCUGUUAGCACUAAGGUCAAAAAGACUUGUAAAGCUGAGAAAAUGGAUUCAAAGAAAAAAUUGGCUGAGGAUGUUACCACUGAGAAGUCUGUAAGCGUUGGUGCGGAUGGUUCUUUGGUUAAAACUCAGAAGAAAUCUAAGAUGUCUAAAAAGAGUACAAGUGACAGUUCCACUGAGUUGUCGGGAAAAGACAAGAAAGAGCCAACAGCAGCAUUGCCUUUGGGUCCUGGUGCAGGAGAUACUAGAGAACAUCUAGGAGAGGCAGAGUCUAGUGACAGUAUUGCCAAGAUUGCAGGCUUAAUGAAGAUUCCUACGAAGUCAUUGUCAGCUUGGAAGAUUCCGAAGAAGAGUAGCAAGAAGUCUAAUGCAGAUCCAAACGUUGAAAAUCCAAUCGGAAAGUCGAGUGAUAACAUUGGUACUACAUGUAAGUCAGAAAAAUCUUGUGACAAGCCUGAUGAGAAGUCUGAAGGGAAGACCUCCACUGGGACUAAAACAACUUGGAAGAUACCAAAGUUAAGUAAGAAAUCAGAUAGUGUUUCAUUAUCUGAAGAAAGAUCUGAGGGUCUGAGUGCAACUGAGAUCAAUCCCCCAAAGAAACUUACACAGCAGGGAACUGUUAAAAAAUACUUUGGGGAUACUGUGAAAAAAUGUGAUGCCGAGGUUGUGGAACAGGCUUCGGGGGACAGUAAAGUUGUUAAAGCUUUGAAAGGGCCUGUAGAUGUGGUAGAGACGGAAGAAAAAACUCAAAUCGGAGAAAUCUCGACCAUUGUGUCUGAAAGGUUGAGAGAGGUAAAAGAAACUUCUGUCAGUGUUGCUAGAGCAUCAAAGGUGAGACCGACUUCUGAUGUGGUGGGUAGCAGAGUUCAGCCUGAAUCCGUGAAAAAAGCUCUUGGUCCCAAACCAAGAAACCCUAGGAAGGCCAAGGAUGUGCCAGUGAAACAGCCUGACCCAGUGAGAGAGCGGUUGAAGCUGGCGGGAGAGCUUAGUGCUGCUCAUUAUCUGAAGGGAAGGUUACACGAAAGACAUGUGAACAAAUUGUUUUUGAGAGGAGAUAAUGUCGCCAUGGUCAAUUUGUUAUAAAAAAAGGUUCUCCCCAAAUUUGUGACUUAUUCUUCUUGUUCAAGGCUUUUGUUUAUUUUGAUACUACCCCUUGCAAGUUUCUGACAAAAAUCAGAAGAACCUGGUAAUAGAAGUGCUGCUACUUCAACAAUAACCUGCCAUUAUGUAGUAGAGAUAUACAGUCACCUGUUAUUUUUUAGCAAUAUUUUUGUACAAUGUACAUAGG